ACAGAACUGAUUGGUAGAAGGGAUGGAGCUCUCAAGCUCACUGCUGCUGGUUUUGGUCUUGAGCGUGUUGAUGUUGAUUAGAUGGAAGAGGAAGGAGAGCGGACUUUCUUUGCCCCCGGGGCCACUGGCACUUCCACUGAUUGGAAACUUACUAACACUGGAAAAAAGUGCACCAUUUAAGAGCUUUAUGAAGUGGAGUAAAACCUAUGGGCCUGUGAUGACGGUGCACAUCGGGACUCAGAGAAUGGUGGUUCUGGUGGGUUAUGAAACAGUGAAAGAGGCUCUGGUGGAGCAGGCUGAAGACUUUGCAUCGAGAGCUCCCAUUCCUUUUACUAACAGAGUUCUAAGAGGCUAUGGUCUGAUCAUCAGCAAUGGAGAACGCUGGCGUCAGCUGAGGCGGUUCACUCUCACCACACUGAGGGAUUUUGGAAUGGGACGCAAACGAAUGGAGCAGUGGAUUCAAGAAGAGAGCAGAUACUUGGUCAAGAGUUUUGAAGAAACCAAAUCCAAACCAGUUGAUCCAUUACUCUUCAUGAGCCGGGCUGUGUCCAACGUCAUCUGCUCCCUGGUGUUUGGGCAGCGCUUUGAUUAUGAAGACAAAAACUUCCUGCAGUUGCUCCAGAUCAUCUCCAACCUCAUGCGAUUUGCAAGCAGCCCUUGGGGACAGCUGUACAACAUCUUCCCUAAAGUCAUGGAGCUCUUACCUGGUAGACAUCAUACCAUGUUUGGAGAGAUUGAUGAUCUCAAAUCCUCCAUAAUGACAAUUAUCAAGGAGCAUGAGAAGAAUUUGGAUUCCAGUGACCCAAAGGACUUUAUUGACUGCUUCCUUAUUAGGCUCAAUCAGGAGAAACACAAUCCUGACACAGAGUUCCACAAGGAAAACAUGUUUGCAACCUCUUUAAAUCUGUUUACAGCCGGUACAGAAACCACCAGCACAACUUUAAGAUACGCUCUAAUGCUUCUGAUCAAGCACCCUCACAUACAGGAGCAAAUGCAGAAGGAGAUAGAUCGGGUUAUUGGACAGAACAGAAUUCCUACAAUGGAGGACAGAAAGUCUCUCCCCUUCACUGAUGCUGUGAUCCAUGAAGUACAGCGCUGUCUGGACAUUGCACCACUGAACGUUCCCCAUUAUGCCCUGAAAGACAUCACUUUCAGGGGCUAUAAAAUCCCCAAGGACACAGUAAUUAUUCCCAUGCUGCACUCUGUCCUAAGGGAUGAGGGACAUUGGGAAACCCCUUGGACAUUUAACCCAGAGCACUUUCUGGAUUCCAAUGGCAACUUUAAGAAGAAUCCCGCCUUUAUGCCCUUUUCUGCAGGUAAACGUGUGUGUGUGGGUGAAUCUCUGGCUCGUAUGGAGAUCUUUCUGUUCAUCGUGUCCCUGCUUCAGAAGUUCAGCUUCAGUAGUCCUAAUGGUCCAGACAGCAUAGACCCCAGUCCUGAACUCAGCAGCUUUGGCAACAUGCCUCGACACUAUGAACUCAUAGCAUCUCCUCGCUAAGCUAUGUGGCGAUUGUAACAUACUACAAGAAUGAAGUCAUCCAAUACAGAGAGAGAGAGAGAGUGACCACAGGUUGAUGAAAUGUACUUUAGAAUGUAAGCUGUGAUUUUCAAAUUUCUUAAAGUCUGAUGUAGGUACAGCACUGAAUCGCAUCCUACUCAAUGGUAUCAUGAACCCAGCAUAAAUGCAAUGAUUGAUGCUAAUAGAAUAUUUUUUUUCAAAAAUAAAAAUAAACAAACAAACAAAAACCUCAGUUUGUUUAAAAUCACUCUUGAUAAUCAGUGAUGUUGCAUACCAUGAUAUGGUUAUGCUUCAUUCACCUGAAGUGAUCUUCUGUAGUGUUCUUCUGUUCUUCAUGCGGUGCUGUUUCCUGUGUUCUGACUGCUGACGAGCCUCUUCUGAUGUUCAUGAGGAGCUUCUGAUCUUCACUAUAUGUCAGUGUAAUAUUGAAUGUAGUUUAUUUAUUUAUGAUUUUGUAUUAUUAAUUUUACCUUAUGUACAGUGUCUUUGUAUGUUCAAGCACAAUG